GAUCAUUAUCACAAAACUGAAAAAAACAUAAUUAAUUUUUGGUCCGCCAUCAGAUGGAUGUAAAGACCAUUGUUACCAGACAAAUAUAUAGUUCCUAGUAUUGACCUAGUCAUGCGAACCCUGAACCGAACCCUUCAAUGACGGAUUCAUGAACCCAUGGAGGUUCGAACAAGGGGUUCGGAUAAGAGUUGCAGUUGUGCGAAAACGCUUGGAAAACGCCCUUACAGCGCCUUACAGAGUAUACCAGGCUCUCCUUAGUAUCACUUUAUCUAUAGCGCUCAAAUCUACUAGCAAAACGGAAAAAAUCGAUAUCCAUGGAUGUGACGUCAUUGCGAGUUUGUUUUGUGGUGGUUCCCGUGCGGCGAAUUUAAUUUAAUUUGUUGAAUUUUUGAAUAUAGUUUUAAUCAGUGUUUGAAUAUAAUGAAGCUUUCAACACCAAGAUACACAUUAUGUUUAUUUUUUCAGUUAGCAUUCAUGUUGUGUGAUUUGAUUUUCAACUGCGUCAGUUUAUUCCCGAGAAGUAGAGAUGCGUUACUGGUUUUGUUUAUUUUUCAGGACCUGUUCCUCGUGCUCUCCAUCACAUCAUUACUCAUGACGUUCUUCUCAACAUAUCUAUUUCAAGCGGGGCUGGUGGAGGUGCUGGCGCGCAAGUUCCGCGGCGCGGGCGCGGCGUGCGCGGCGUACGGCGCGGCCAGCGUGGCGCUGCACGCCUGCUGGCUGCUGCACGCGUGGCGAGAGCCGCGCGCGCUCGCGCGGCCCGCGCUCGUCUGCCUCUUCACGCUGCAGCGCUGCCUGUCACCAUGGUACUACUUCAUGUACAAACGCGCGGCACUGCGCGUGAGCGACCCACGUUUCUACGAGGACAUCGACUGGAUCAACCGACAGCUGCAGCAGCACUGAACUCGACUUCCUCCAUUGAUUGGAUUUCACAACUCGCCUAGUGUAACAUUUAUGUC